CCGACCGAUGGCAGUAUCUACGUGCGUGUGUGAUUUAAUUUUGUUUAGUUCGGCGUACACAAGACCAAGUUUAAGUACACUGAAAGUAAAAUUUAAUUUAUACUGAGUGGGAUUCAUCCAUGAAUAUAAUAUUCAUUAACAAUAACAUUAUGUUAUGUAGUGCUUUAAUUUGAGAUGCGAUUGUGUGAUAUAUAAGAUUGAUCCAUCUUUUAUGUGUGAUUUUGUAUCUACGACAGCGCGAAAUUGUUAAAGAUAAUCAAUAAAUUGUUCGUCAUUUGAAAUGUACAAUUAUAUUAAUGAUAAAAUUGCGAAAAGUGAUGUGUUAAACGAUUAACCGAGACAAUUUUGUGAAGAAUGUUGACAGUGUAAUCGUUGCCUUAUUUAUAAGGAGCCAUUUACACAAAGCAAAAAGUCACGUAGGCUCAUUGUGGUAAUUUCGUCGAUCAUGUACGUAAAAUUUAUAUGAUUCAGUUGGAAAGCGUUUGCUUCACGUUUUGUGUUAAUUAACUAAGAUGGAUAUAAAGAAUAUACAGAAAAAUGCCAUGCAGAAAAGUGCAGAGUUCACUUUCACUGCCCCGCCGGAAGCUCCCGUGUUCGAGCCAACACUAGAAGAAUUUUUGGAUCCCUUGGGAUAUAUAGCUAAAAUUCGUCCUGUUGCAGAGAAAACAGGAAUAUGUAAGAUAAAGCCACCAUCACGUUGGCAACCACCUUUUUCUUUAGAUGUAGAUAAAUUAAAAUUUGUUCCAAGAAUACAAAAAGUAAAUGAAUUGGAAGCCAUAACUCGUCUGAAACUUUUAUUUCUUGAAAAGAUAUUAAAAUUUUGGGAGCUUCAAGGUUCACCACUAAAAAUCCCUAUGAUAGAAAAUAAAACUUUAGAUUUGUACUGUCUUAAGUUUUGGGUGGAUGAAGAGGGUGGCUUUGAAAACUGUAACAAUCCAAAAAAAUGGCGUAAAAUCGCUAAUGCUAUGGGUUACAGUCAAAAUGCAAACACCAUGAAUUUUCUUAGAAAUAAUUAUGAAAAGAUUUUGCUUCCAUAUGAUAUUUUUGAAAACAGUAAAGAAGACAUAUUGAAAACUGUUAAAAAGACUGAGUCAAAACCUGAGAUUAAGGGUAGCACUGAACAGGAUAAACCAGUAUUUAAAGAAAUAUCAAUAGAUUCCAUUGUUACAAAAAUUGAAGAUGAAAAACCACAAUGUAGUAUUAAAAAAACUAAAACUGGAUCAGACAAAAUUGACACUGACUUCACAAAAACUAAAACUGAGUCUGAAGAAACAAAACGUAAUAGAGAAUUACGUAGACUAGCUUGUUAUGGUCCAGGGCCAAAAAUGCCAGGAUUAAAUGAUGAGGAGUUUGAUAUCACAAAGUCAAGGAAAAGACCCAGAUAUGAAUUAGAUCCAUUGGCCAUUUACACAUGUGCUAUCUGUCAAAAAGAUAAUAGAGAUGACCUUCUGCUAAUUUGUAAUGGUUGUUCUGAUACAUAUCAUACUUUUUGCCUCAAGCCACCUCUAACAUCAGUACCAGAUGGUGAUUGGAGAUGUCCAUGCUGUAUAGCUGAGGAAGUUCACAAACCAGCUGAAGCAUUUGGCUUUGCCCAAGCUGAGAGAGAAUACACUCUUCAACAAUUUGGUGAAAUGGCUGAUAAAUUCAAGUCAGAUUAUUUUGGGAUGUCUGGCCAUUUAGUACCCACCAAUGUAGCUGAAAAAGAGUUUUGGAGAAUCAUUUCUUCUGUAGAGGAAGAUGUAACAGUAGAGUAUGGUGCUGAUUUGCACUCAAUGGACCAUGGUUCUGGGUUUCCUACUAAGUCUUCAUUAAAUCUUUAUCCUGGAGAUCAAGAAUAUGUAGAUUCAGGAUGGAAUCUGAAUAAUUUACCAGUACUGGAAGGAUCUGUGCUUAGAUUUAUAAAUGCAGAUAUAUCUGGAAUGACAGUGCCAUGGAUGUAUGUUGGUAUGUGUUUUUCUGCAUUUUGUUGGCACAAUGAAGAUCACUGGAGUUACUCUAUUAAUUAUUUGCACUGGGGUGAAGCUAAGACUUGGUAUGGGGUACCAGGAAGUGGAGCUGAGUUACUGGAGAAUGCAAUGAAAGCAGCUGCACCUGAUCUAUUUAAAUCUCAACCAGAUUUAUUGCAUCAAUUAGUCACUAUCAUGAACCCUAACAUAUUAAUGGCUGCAGGUGUGCCAAUAUACAGAACAGACCAGCAGGCUGGUGAGUUUGUAGUCACAUUUCCACGUGCCUACCAUGCAGGUUUUAAUCAAGGUUAUAACUUUGCUGAGGCUGUCAACUUUGCUCCACCUGACUGGCUUAAAAUUGGCAGAGAAUGCAUUACACAUUAUAAAAAUCUCAAGAGAUUUUGUGUAUUUUCUCAUGAUGAACUUAUCUGUAAAAUGGCUUUGGAAGGUGAUCGUUUGGAUUUGGAAACUGCACUAGAAACACAGAAAGAAUUAGUCAAAGCCACAGAAGAAGAGGGCGCAUUAAGAGCAGCUUUAGCUAAGAAAGGUUUAAAAAAUGUGUGUAGAACAGCAUUUGAGUUGCUGGGUGAUGAUGAGCGCUUAUGUGAGGUGUGCAAAACAACCUGCUUUUUGUCAUCAGUGUCAUGUCCAGAAUGUAAACAAAUGACUUGUUUACAGCAUGUUGAUAUGUCAUGUAAGUGUGCAAUAUAUAAAAAGACUCUUAAUUAUCGUUAUGACAUGGAUGAGCUUCACAUAAUGUUGCAGACUAUAGAUUUCAGAGUUAACAGCUUUGAUAAGUGGAUGACAGAUGCUAAAAAUAUUCUGUUGCCCACUGCACCAGAUAUUGGCAGGCUACAAAAAUUGAAAGUUCUAGUAGAUGAAGCUGAAGAACUAAAAAUACCAAAGUGCACACUCUUGUCCACAUUAAAAGAAGAAUACACUAAAGCCACAGGUGAAGUUGAGCCAAUUGUUAUAGAACUGGAUGAUGAUUAAAUAACAAAGUUUGAACAGUACAAAGUAUAAUAGUUUAUAAUAGAUUUGAUUAGCUGAAUCCAACCAGUGAAGUAUUGACUGUUUCUAGAGUAAGAAUGUUUUUUUUUUUAAAUAUAAAUGCAGAAUGUUUUGUAAUUCUUCCUGUAUGUAUGUAUAUGUAGGUAAUAAUAUAAUUAAUGAUAAGCAGUCUCAUAAAAUUUAUCUUAACAUUUUCGAAAAGCCCUUUUUUCGAACAGUAAACAAGGCACAAAAGAAGUCAAUUGUUAUGGCUAAUUAUGUUUACUGUUUCCAAAGAGAUAUAUUAAUGUUAAUUCAUUGGCUUCAGUUAAUACCGGUAUAGACAACUGAAAAAAUACAUAAGUAAAAGUAAUACACAGCUUCCUAAUAAUCAACUUGCUAAGUUGUUGACAAUUAUCUAUUUAGUUCGUAUUGUAAUGUAGAAUUAAAAUUAGGUAAUUGAUAGACUGGACUUGUUUAACAAAUUACAAUUAAUUGUUUAUUUAUUAGUUGGUGAAUAAAUAUUAUUUCUUUGUACUAAAAGAAUGACAGUACCUAAGUAAUAUUUAAUAUUAUGUAUUUUAUGUGGUAUUAAUAACAUUUUUGUCCCACCGUAUUUAAAGCUAGAAUUUGAAGUAAAGUUGUAUUGUAAUUGACAUUUAUACUUUGUGACAUUAGUAAUUUUCAGAUGUUUAAUGUUUGAGAUGUUUAUAUUAUAAUUUAAAUUGUAACCACAUAAUUAGUAAUAAGGGUACAUAAUGGCAGUCUAGAUAUAGCAUACCUACACUGCAGUUAAAGCACAGAAGGUCUGGUAUUACUUUAGUACUUUAUGUAACAAGUUUUUACAUAGCACAAGCGUGCAUGUUCUAUUGGGACUACGCCGCUUACUUAAAUCAAUUUGGUUGUCUUUUACCAAAUAGGAUGCCUAUCGGUAUAUAAGUAAUAAAAUCGCGUUCUGUGUCCGGAGACUAUGGGGUGUUCUGUAGGCUGCUGAGCCAGUGCCAAUGCGUUGGCCAGUCAACUCAAUCUCCACGCCAUUUUGCGUUCUACUUAAAUGUAACGUAAAAGGGCGAUCUAACUUCAAAGAAUAUUAAUAUGUACUCAGAAAAUAAAUGUGCUGUUAUUAGAAUUUUUUAACUUCUUUAACGAGCGUAUCUGCUGAAAUUGGGCGAUGUGCAUAAAAGUCCAGUAAUCUAAAAAUGCAUUCCUGUUGCCGCCAUUUGUUUACUGAUAGACCAUAUAAAAGUAACAUUGAAAAUCCUGAUGAAAAAUAUAUCUGAUACCUAUAUACUCGAUAGGACAACAGAUUUUCAAGCACACGAACUACUAUCCCGGGAUUUAUUUAUUAUAUCCAUUGAUUCUAUCACAUAUUAUAUUGAAACGAUGCAUUUUUUGCAAAUUUCCCUUAGAAAUGGUUGCGGUACGAGGCGAUCAGGCACUUUAUUAAAAACUUUAAACGCACUAAAUGCCGUGUUUCUUUUCGAAACAGUAGAUUGUCGAGUUACAAUGUUAUUGUAGUUAUUCAUAAACAAUAUCAAAUCUUAGAAUCAAAUUAUUAAGUAUAAUAAUGCUACAUAUUAUAUUGUGUUGGCAUAGUAAUUAAAUAGUAUACACAUCCUAGCAUAACUUGAUAAAAUUGAUUUAGAAGAUGAACAUUUAUAAGUAUAGUAUAAUUUCAUAUUUCACAAUAAAUAUAUACCUAAUUGGAAACAUUUUUCUUUUUGAUCUCAUUGCAUGGUAUAUAUUUAAAUUUCAAAACUAAUAUAAUUUUUAGGUAUUUUGUCUUUCCUAAAAUGGCCAGAACUAACUUGAGACUUUGUGAUUGAGAGAUAAUCUAGGGUAUUACAUUUUAUAACAUGACUACUUUUCAUCUAGAGCAGAAAUACAUCCCAAGAAUACUUGCUUCAAAAAGCUAAUAAAUAUGAUAUCUUGUUUCGAAGAAGGAAGUAAACACCAUGAUACUUCAUGGACUUAGGAUCAGAAAAUGUCAAUAAAGAAAGGAUACAAGUACCUACUGUGGAGCUGUACCGUGCAUUUUGUGAUAAUAUAGUAAUUGUCUGUAAUCAUAUUUUUUUAAGAAUAUGUCUCACUCUCAAUCUAGUUGUUGAGAAUGUAUUUAUCUUACAUCACAUAAGGCUAUGAAGUCACACAGGUACUUUUUAAACACUCUUUAGAUUAAUUAAUAUUAGUAGAUUUUUAUCUAUAAGCGGAGUUGUAAUUAUUUAAUAACAUUAUUGAUUGACUGAUUUAAUUUUUAUUAUAAUGAUGAUUGCUAAUAUUGUGUUUGUCAACAAUAUUGCACCAUGUGGUGGAAGUUUAGGUUUCUUAUUCGAAUUCAGUGAUUAUUUUCUAUGAACUGUGAUUAUUUUCUUUGCCGUUUGUCAAAUUAUGGUAUGUGUAACUAAAACAAAAUUAAAAUUAUUUGAGUGAGUAUUAUCUAGAAAUAAAUAUGUGCGAAAAUUAA